AUGCCUUCAAUAGAAGUCCCCGGAGCCACCCUUCAUUACGAGUCCUUCGGGAAAGGGCCUUUACUACUCCUAAUCCCAGGUGCUCAAGGAACUGGAGCUAUUUUCUACGAUCUUGCCAAGUUAAUACCAUCCUUCACAGUCAUUUGCUUGACCCGUCGAGGGUACUCUCAAAGUCUCAUUGCCGGCAGUCAGGACAUGAAUAAUCGUCUAUCAAUAGACGCCAACGAUUCACAUCUUCUUAUCCAAAAGCUUUCCGCAGAGCCAGUAGUAGUUCUCGGAUCCUCAUCCGGAGCAGUGGUUGCUCAACGUCUUCUCGAACUUCACCCAGAAUCUGUGAAGAAGCUCAUUUCCUAUGAGCCACCCUCCCUUUUCGUUCUACCCGAAGAAAUCCGUACUCAGGCCACUGGCUUACUCGAACACGUAUAUGCCACCUACCGAGAGAAGGGAACAAUAUAUGCCAUGGAAGUCUUCUCAAGCGGACUCUUUGAUGAAAACGAUGCUGUUCUUCUACGGUCAGCCAUGGACCCCGCCCGUGGGGACGAAGUUAGAGCCAACACCAUGUUCUGGUUCGAAUUUGAGCUAAGACAGUACACUUCUGCACCGGUGAACUUGGAUUUGCUGGUGGCAGAAAAAGAAAAGUUUAUUCCAGCUGCUGGGGUCUUGUCUAAGAAUGGACCAUGCCUUGGACCAAUUUCUAUAAUGGCACAAAAGAUGGGAAAAGAAGUUGUGAAAUUGCCUGGAGCCCAUGUUGGUUAUGCGACUGAGGUAGAGGCUUUUGCAGAAGCUCUGUUGGAUUUGCUGAAAUAGAUGCAUCUCUUCGAAAAGCCACAAGUAAGAGACCCGUUCACUAUUCAGUACACGCCCUAAGAGCCUGCUAUACUAGAUUUCCUGAAACAAACAACUUAGUGUUCCAAAUCACUUAUGUAAACCAAGCUUUAUCAAUCUGAAUUAACCCAACACGCUUGGAUAAACGUUUCAGUUGUGAAAUCUUACGAGACCUAGGAUAAUAUUGUUCCAACCUAGAUGUUUAAGAUCUUACAGAGCAAUAACCAUGUCUCUUACAAAUCUUCAAAGAGCAUAAAACAUAAGCCCCUUGACCUCCACACACCAAGGAACAUACUAUACCGUCCCACCCCUAUUCAUCCUCAUAAAAAACCAAACACCUGACUUCAAUGCUCUGUCUUGACUCUUCUUCUCGAUAAGCAGGAUCCUCAAAGGCCGAAUGCAGUGCCCUUCUCCCAACUAGUUCAUCCGAGUCAAAGCAUUUGAUCAAGAGAACCUCCUCUGUUCCGAGAUGAUGUUUAUAAUACCACUUGUGUUUUGGGUUAUGUCUCACCACCCAUUGCUCGCCAGUAAAUCCAUUGUCCGUCAUAACAGCCGCAACAAGAUCCUCAUCUGGGACAGUAUUGGCAUCUGCAACCGCAAUCGGGUCUUUUCGAAUCUUCUUGAUUGGACGCCAGACGUUUAUGAUUUGGUAUCGCCUCUUCAGUAA